CCCUCUCUCUUCGUUGCGCACCGGGCUCCCGGUCCCCGGCCCGGAGGCUGCGGCUUCUGCUCGGGAGGCGGCGGCAGCGACGGGAGCGGCCAUGGAGGCAGGCGGCGGGGCCGGCGCGGGAGCCGCGGGCUGGAGCUGCCCUGGCCCAGGACCCACAGUAACUACUUUAGGCUCUUAUGAGGUAUCUGAGGGUUGUGAGAGGAAGAAAGGCCAACGCUGGGGGUCCCUGGAGCGCCGCGGGAUGCAAGCUAUGGAGGGGGAGGUGUUACUUCCAGCUCUGUAUGAGGAGGAGGAGGAGGAAGAAGAGGAAGAAGAGGAAGAGGUUGAAGAAGAAGAUCAAGUACAGAAAGAAGGCAGUUUGGGCUCCCUGUCAGUGGGCAAGCAUCGGGGCCUGAGCCUCACAGAGACAGAGCUGGAGGAGCUGAGGGCUCAGGUGCUCCAGCUGGUGGCAGAGCUGGAGGAGACCCGUGAGCUUGCUGGGCAGCAUGAGGAUGACUGCCUGGAGCUUCAGGGGCUCCUGGAGGAUGAGCGGCUGGCCAGUGCCCAGCAGGCCGAAGUAUUCACCAAACAGAUCCAGCAGCUCCAAGGUGAGCUGCAACAUCUACGGGAGGAGAUUUCCCUGUUAGAGCAUGAGAAAGAAAGUGAACUUAAGGAAAUAGAGCAGGAGUUGCAUUUGGCCCAGGCAGAGAUCCAUAAUCUGCGGCAAGCUGCAGCAGACUCUGCAACUGAACAUGAGAGUGACAUAGCGUCCUUGCAGGACGACCUCUGCCGGUUGCAGAAUGAGCUCGAUGACAUGGAACGCAUUCGCGGGGAUUAUGAGAUGGAAAUUGCCUCACUCCGUGCAGAGAUGGAAUUGAAGGCUUCUGGACCAUCUGAUUUAAGUAUUUCAGACUUCUCUGGGAUACAAGAUGAACUGCACCAACUUCGGGAGCGCUACCACUUUCUGAACGAGGAAUACCAGGCCUUGCGGGAAAGCAACAGCAGCCUCACAGGGCAGCUCGCUGAGUUGGAGAGCGAUAGGACACGAAGAGCAACAGAACGAUGGUUAGAAUCUCACAUGCUAAAGAAUAUGAUGUCCUCAGAGUCUCAGACUUCAGAACUGGAUUUCCCAGAGCCUGACCCUGUGAUGCAGCUUCUGCGCCAGCAGCUGCUGGGAGCUGAGGAACAGAUGCACGACAUGCAGGACAAGUGUAAGAACUUGUGCUGUGAAUUGGAAGAGCUGCAGCAUCACCGCAGAACCAGUGAGGAGGAGCAGAAGCGGCUGCAGAGGGAGCUCAAGUGUGCCCAGAACGAGGUGCUCCGGUUUCAGACCUGCCACACCACCCAGAAUGAGGAACUGAAGAGCAGGCUCUGUGCCCUGCAGCAAAAGUAUGAUACUAGCCAGGAUGAACACAGUGAGCUUCUGAAGGUGCAGAUGCAGCUUCAGUCUGAGCUCCAGCAGCUCAAACUCGUCAGAUGCACACCUGUAGAGAGCCAGAGUGAGAAGGAGUUAAUGUGCCGGCUCCAGAAGCUGCAGGCCCAGCACCAGUGCAGUGUGAAUGAGAAGGAACAGCUUCUAGAAGUCCAGCAUCACCUGCACGACAAGCUGCGGUGCCAUGAGUCAGAGAUGCAUCGUCUCCGAGAGAUGGUGGACUGCUUGCGAGAGAGAAAUGAGAAGAAUUCAGGGAUACACCUCCAGCUACAGGAGAUGAAGGGAUUGUAUCAGUGCAGCAGGGAUGAGCUGGAACGGCAGAAGCACAUGUAUGACCAGCUGGAGCAGGACUUCAUGCUCUGCCAGCAGGAGCUGACAGAGCUCAAGUCCAGCCAUUCCUUUUGUGAAGACAGUGGAAACCGCCCCAACAAGUGUGAUGCACUGCUGGCCAGACUGACAGAACUGCAGGAGAAGUUCAAGGCCAGCCAGCUGGAGAUUGGGCACCUGCAGAUGGAGCAGUGUGAGCUCCUGGAGGAUCAGAGGAGGCUGCAGGAGGAGCAGGGCCAGCUGCAGGAGGAGCUACAUAGGCUCACAUUCCCACAGCCCAAAUGUGGUCUCUUGCAGAAGAGUCAGGAGCUGCUUGCAAAGUUGCAAGACCUGUGUGAAAUGCAGCUGCUCUACCAAAACAUGCAGGACCAACAGAGGAAACUGAUACAGAACCAGGAGUGUGUACUAAGGGAGCAGUUAGAGGCACACAAACAUCUUCGAGGUUUCAAAGAGUCUAAUUUCCAGGAAGUGUUGGCGAACCCUCAGGAUGCUCAAGGGCCUAAGUCCUCCAGUUGUGAGAAUAAGUUCAAGGUGUUCAUGGAGCAGCUGCAGGCUCUGCAGGUGCUGUAUGAUACCAGUCAGAGGCAACAGGAGGUACUGCAGCAGGAGCAUGGGCGGCUCAUGGAGGAGCGGAAGAGGCUGCAGGCUGAGCUACAGCUCUGCAUGGAAGAAAUGCAGCUACUCCAGACUCAGUCCCCCACCAUGAAAGGCAACUUUGACUACUGCAAGAAGAACACAGGCAGCACGGCUCUCAGCACUGAGAGCUUCCACAGGAGUUAUGACAGUACCAUUGAUGAAUGUGAAGGCUAUCAGAAGAGUUACGUGAGCUCCCAACCCAGCAAGGAGACCUUCCUCAAAAGCUAUGACAGUAACAUGAGUUGCAGCGAGGCCUUUCAGAAGAGCUACUGCUCCAGCAACACAACUGUUGCCUAUAAGAAGAGUUAUAUCAGUGGUAGUAGUUGUGAAACCCUUCACAAGAGUUAUGCCAGCAGCAGUACUGAUGAGGAACCAGCUGAUCCUGAAGACUUGGAGCACUUUGAGGAAACAGUGGCCAAGGUGCUGACCAAGUUGCAGGCAGUGAAGGCCCUGUACCAAGUGAGCCAGGAAGAGCACUGCCAGCUGCAGGAGCGGAUGAGCAAGCUGCUGGCCAAGCAGAAAGAGCUGAAGGAGGAGCUGGAGUACUGUGAGAAGGAGUUGAAGGAGUGCAUGGAGAACUUUGAAAAGCCGGCAACUCCCCAGAAUGACAAAUGUGAGAUCAAAGAGCUGCAAACCAAGCUGCGAGAGCUGCAGCUGCAAUACCAGGCUAGCAUGGAUGAGCAGGGGCGGCUUCUGGCGGUGCAGGAGCAGCUGGAAGGACAGCUGCAGUGCUGCCAGGAAGAACUCCGCCAGCUCAAAGAAAACAGGUCCUCCUUUAGCUCAGAAGCCAGGGGCAAGCAUGUCCUUAAGAAUAUGAACAAGAAUGCCAAUGGAGUUAGAGAUCAGGUGGGCAAGGCUUGCUCAGAGGACUUGGAGAACGAUUUUGAGGAUGAAAAGAAUCUGGAGGUUAUGCUAUACUACAAGGCCAGCCAGAAGAAAUUAGAUGAGCUAACGAAAGAGGAGAAAGAGAUGGACGAGUUGAGAAAGAAAGAAAAAGAAAAGCAAGCCAAGAAAGAACUGUGUAAACUAGCUACGAAGGCCGCAGACCCUGGUGCAGAGCCUGAGUCAACAGAGGGUGAAGAUGAAAACUUUGAAGAGUACACAGAAGGGGAGGAUGAGUCUUGUGAGACUGCUGAGGAAGGCAACCCCCUUAAGCUUUCUGAGAGCAAAAAGCCAUCCCCUGCCCCUGAUCCCCCCAUAUUCUCCUUGCCUCUCGUAGGCCUGGUGGUCAUAUCAGCUCUGCUCUGGUGCUGGUGGGCUGAGACAUCGUCCUAACCAGGCCUUCCCCACAAGUCUUUAGUUCCUUUCAGAUGGGGAGCUCUCCCUAUUCCAGCUCCUCCCUGAGAACUUCCAGAAGUCACUUGAGCUCCUGUGGAAUGAGACACAAUAGCCAGGCUUCACCAUCCCCAUCAGAGUGCAGGGAAGGCACUACAGUUGGGUUUUCUUGGGAUCUUCAUGUACCCUGAGCUCUGGCUGGAUCCCCAGUGUGUGGCUUGUGCCCAGGUCUUGAGGCACUGUAGGUACAAGGCAUUGACAAAUGCUGAGAGCCUGACUGAGUCUGUCACCUCCUGUUAGCUUUGUCACAGGGAACAAAACAUGACUAGACUUCAGCGUCUUCAAUGGUAAAUAAAGGAUGACGAGGGCCUGCCUUUUUCUCGUAGAGUUUCUGUGAGAAUUGGAUGAGUUUGUUCCUCUGGAUCUACAUGGUAGAAACAGAGAGCCUGCUCCUCUAAGUUGUCCUCUGACCUCUAUAUGCACAGCCUCCUUCCAGUGACUAAAUAAAUAAUGUAAUGACAUUUUUAAACAUAAAAAAUAGAUUAAUUUUUAAAAUCCAUGUGAGUACAAAAAAAAAAAAAAAGAAAAGGAAAAAAGAAAAGAAAGGCUGCACUCCAGUGGCGUGUGCUGUGCUAGGCACUCUACAUACCACAUAUAUGUACAGACUUAAUCCCUGCAGCAGUCCUCAGAGUAAGCACUUACUAUGCCAUCAUACAUGAAAAAGUAAACUGAAGACAACUGAACACAGCAGGAAACUCUGGGUAUGACUAUAAGGAAGUGAUGUUAACAGUUAUAAUGGGGUGCUAGUGAGGAGGGCUAACACCAAGGGGAGGACUCCCCGUUCGCAAAGGAGAAGGGGAGGGUGGAAUGGGGAAAGUUAUGAGGAGUCAAUAUUAAUAUACACUUGCAAUUCUGUCACUUCACUUAGGGAGGCAGAAAGAACGAUGGGACGCUUGAGACCAGCCUGGGCUGGUCCCUGUCACAGAAAAAAAUAAAACCAAAUCUUGUUUUUAGCUCUUUUAUUGCUCCCUCCCUUAUUCCCUAAGCCCCUCCCCUGCUUUGCUUCGUGAUGUUUUACUCAGGGUCGCAUACUGACCUGGAGUUAAAUAUACAUGAGGAUGACCUUUCACUCCCUGUCCUCCUGCUGCCUCCUCUGGAUUGCUGUGAUUAUAUGUGCGUGUUAGCGCACUGAGGUUUAGGGAUUCUAGGGAUGAAGUCCAGGGCUUCACACAUGCUAGGCAGGUAUUCAACCAACCAAGCUACAUCCCGGCGGCCCUUGUGUGUUGUGUCUUCUCAUUCUGAGCACCUUUCAUUGGUUGGCCCUGGGGAAUGGGGAAGACAAUAUACAGCAGAUUAUACUAUUACCCUGUUGUGUUUCUGGGACCUCCAACCUCAGUAGCUCUCUUGGUGACUAAUAUUAAUUUAUUAGUGUCUCGUUUCUAAGACUUUUGUGUAUUGUGAACACUAAGUAUCCUCUCCUCAUUCUGUACUAACACUGAUUGCUUGGAGUUCAGUGACAAAGUUUUCCAUUUUUCUCUCUUAGCAGUAAUUCACUGCCAUAGCGGAUGAGUUUUUGUGGAGUCUUGUUUGAUUAAUUGUUGACCCUGACCCUAUGUUUUAUGUUUUCACAAUGCUCUUUUUUCCUGCUAACGUCAUUCACAUCUUCAGGUGAACACCUUUGAGUUCAGCCAAUCUCACAGAAGGACCCAGCCUCUAGGGCUGUCUUGUCAAUCUCACAGAAGGACCCAGCCUCUAGGGCUGUCUUGUCAAUCUCACAGAAGGACCCAGCCUCUAGGGGCUGUCUUGUCAAUCUCACAGAAGGACCCAGCUUCUAGGGCUGUCUUGUCAAUCUCACAGAAGGACCCAGCCUCUAGGGCUGUCUUGUCAAUCUCACAGAAGGACCCAGCCUCUAGGGCUGUCUUGUCAAGUUCUCUUUACUCAGUGGUUUGGCUCUUAAGGAAUGAUCAGAACAGACAACAUUGAUAUCCUCCUACUCUUUCUGCUUGUUGUCUGCAAGGACUUCAAGGAAAUCUUGUCAGAUACCUUGCAUAGUCUGUCAGGUUCGUGACACAUCCAGAUGCUUGUGAUUUCCUGGAGCCCAGAAGCUCUUUGGGACACCCAAAUAGCCCGGCAUUGUCUAUGUGCCCAUGGACGUGGGCUGCCUGUGGAGCCUUUAACUGUGGCUACACCUACACCAACAGCAAAUGGCUGUCCCUUCCCUGCAUCCUUCAGCCAUCGGUGGCUGCUCAGCCACUAGCAGCUGACAUCUGGGCUUUUCUUUUUUAGGUUUUGGGACAGGAGCCAAUGUAGCCCAGACAGGCUCCAAACUGGCCAUGCAGCAAAGUUCUGGGAUUACAUGUGUGCUACCAGAGCUAGAGUAAAUGCCUUUUCUAGAUAUCCGUUUGUCAUGAGAGGGCCUGGCGUGUAGACCAGGCAGCAGCACUCAUGUGUGCUCCUGCUUCCUAAUUUCUAUUGUGGAUUGUUUUACGUCCACUUCUAACAUUAAUUUUUUCAUUUUAUAUAUUUUUUGUUCUUAGCAACUUUUCCUAUAAAAUUG